GCCUGCUUCAACCUGAUUCACUCCCUGCUUCAAAGCCAUUCUUUCCCCAACAUGUAACGACGACAUCGGCUCACUGCUGAGGCGGUGAGAUACACUUGAUUAUCCUCGGAAUGGCCUCCACGGAAGAGAUCAUCGCAGCUUCUACCUCUACCGUCGCGAGACUAUCCGCCUACAUAUUUCUUAGAUGGAUUCCAGGCCAUCAUUUUCCUCCGUUGAUACUGACGACCGUCGUCAUCUACCUGUCAUUCGUGUUCGGCAGAUCUAAAGCGUUCGGUCCAAGCAGACGUUCACUACACGACCUAUUUCCCAAGCUCUUCCACCAUCCAGACAACCAUGAAAGCGAGGAGCACGAUGGAAAGGAGGCACAACACGACCAUGAAGAGCCGGUCCUCUACAAGGAAGAAAAGUCGUUUCUGAAGAUAUUCCUGCUCGGCAUACCGGACUGGCUGGAGCCUGACUGGAGCUACCUUACCAUUGGGAUAAACAUAUUGCUGGCCCUGUUCACGCUUGAUCUAGUAUUCCGAGGACUGCUCCUACAUCCCGCCCGGGACUUGAGCUUUACUCGCGUCGGCUAUGUUGAUUCCACUUCAGCGAAAGUCUUAUUCAGGGAACCCGACUCGAGCCAGCUACCAAUGUACGUGUAUCUCUCAGUCGCUCAGACGAACAGUUGGACCAUUACAGAUACCAUCUACUAUCUCGGAGAGGAUACAGACUACACACAUGUUAUCACCUUCGAGAACCUCCUGCCCUCAAAGAAGUACAGUUAUCUUUUGUCCAACAACAAGUCUGGAGAAUUCAUUACGGCGGCAUCACCUGAUUCCGAGGCAAGCAACAGCUUGACCUUCCUGACCUCAUCCUGCAUCAAGGCGAAUUUCCCGUACAAACCAUCAGCGCAGGCUUUAGCCAUCCAUGGGUUUGACUAUCUCUCGAAAGUUGUCAGCGGACUGCCGUCGCGCGCUGCAUUCAUGCUCUUCCUAGGAGACUUCAUCUACGUAGACGUUCCCCUACGCUUGUCUUCGUCUCUCCAGCACUACCGAGCUGAGUACCGACGUGUGUACGCCUCACCUUCAUGGUCACUGCCUGGGCUUGACACCCUGCCAUGGAUCCAUACCCUAGACGACCACGAAAUUGCCAAUGACUGGUCUAGCGGCAACGACACAGACCCCUUUCCCGCCGCUUCAGAUCCUUUCAUCCACUACCAUGUCUCGGUCAAUCCGCCUAUCCCAGCUGGCGCUCCUACUGGCCCGGAAGCGAACACAACAUUCUUCCAGUUUUCUAAUGGCCCAGCGUCGUUCUUCAUGCUCGAUACACGUAGGUAUCGUACUGAUCCUGAAUCUGCGUCUUCCUCUUCCUCAACCUCGAAACCACUAUACGGAUCCUCCUCGCAGCCAUCAAAUCCUCCGCAUCCUCAUACCAAUCGUACCAUGCUGGGCGCCGUGCAGCUUGCGUCCCUCCUCAAAUAUCUCGCUACUCCUGAGCCCGCUCAUGUCCACUGGAAGAUCAUCGCUUCAUCCGUCCCAUUCACCAAAAAUUGGCGCUUCGGCACAUCCGACACCUGGGGCGGGUUCCUGCAAGAGCGCUCUCGGAUACUGGCAGCAAUGCAUGCUGCAGAGCGCGACCUCGGUGUUCGAAUUAUUGUUCUUUCUGGAGAUCGUCAUGAGUUCGCCGCCAUCCGCUAUCCAGCGCCUACCAGUGAGCACAGCGUCGAUGGAGCCAAAAGCUUGAAUCAGAUCAAGAACAGGCCAUCCCCGAAGCAGCCCGAACAGCAGAAGUCUUACGAUCCCACACCUCAGGCUGGCCCUCAUGAGUUUUCUGUUGGCCCACUCAGUAUGUUCUACCUGCCAUUCCGGACAUUCAAGCAGAUCGACGACGAAGAUGUCGCCAUCAAUUAUUUGCCUGAUGGUAAUAGCAAGGUUGGUGCGGUGCACAUACAAAAUCUCGUCGGCGAUACUCAGCGUAGUCUGCUGACGUACUCACUCUACAUUGAUGGAAAUUUGGCAUGGGAGUAUGCGCUUACCAGUCCGGCAAUCGGCGCUGAUAUGGCCAAAGCGGACAGAAGACGGAGGCGGACCUCGGGAUGGUUGUGGGAUUAGUUAUGGGGCUACCCACGUUAGACUUGAAAGACCGAGUUGUUGCAAAGACGCAUUACUCAAGUGAGAGGGUUUAUAUAGAUGGACUGGCAGCUACUCAAGAUCACUUGUGGAACAUUAGACUGCUUUCUCUCGGAACUGAGAGUUUA